GGGAGAAAGCCUCCCAAUCAAUAAUAAUAAAAUAACAACCCACGCUCGCACUUACAGAAACUCCACAGACACACCUAUCGAACAAGCCAAACCAAACCACCGGAAUCGAAAAAAAAAAGGAAAGAGAGAAAAGAGGAGUAGGGGGGGGGGAAAGAGGACACACCGAGGGGGAAAAAAAAAAGAGAGAAAAAGGGAUCGCGCGUCUGUUUCUCCAUAGUACCCCCUCGCAGGUGCACGGCCAAACAAACGCCCCCCGACGACAGCACCCCGAGUCACACAAACAGAUGGCCGACGUCCCUCUCCUUUUCGUCCCGACAGUGAAAUCCCCCUUAAAAUGCGAGGUGAAACCGCAGACGUGAGCUCCGAAUCGUGAAGAAAAUUAAUCCCCGGGGAGGUGUUUUAAUGGAUGUGAGCCUGAAAGAUGAGUCUGAUCAUGGACAACAGGCUAGAGACGAUGGACACGGAGGCGGAGGUGAAGAAGCUGCAGGCGCUCGUGAGGGAGCUGGAGCUGCAGAAUGAGGAGCUGAGGUCAGAGCGGCAGCAGUUGAUGAAGGACGGCGCUGGAGGUGGCAGUGGCAGUCCCGUGGGCGUGGGUGGAGGCGAGAAGGACGCCCAUUCGCAGCCCUCGACGCCCAAACGCCAGCAGGGACUCACAAGCUUAGAGGCCAUGGAUCCUAUAGGCGUCGAGGACUCCUAUUCCGACGACGAGACUUGGUUAUUUGACUCCCCAAAAACAAAACCCCAUGACACAGAUUGGUUACGAAAAGAUGUCGAUGACCCAGCCCUUUGUGUUGUCAAAAAGUCGUUAAUUCAGAAAUUAGAUCAGAUUGCAUUGUCCCCCCAUCACUCCCCCCGGCACUCAUUCAGCCCGUGUUCGUCGUCGGGAGUCCUAUCCCCUGACUCACCCCCCUCCUCGCGAGGUGAAAUAGAUACCAGAACCUUUGUGAGACCAAAGAAGAAAAGGUCCCUAGUAUUUGGUGAUGCUGUAAAUGAUGAAAACAGGAAUUCGUUGCUAAGGAGAGAUGGGAGUUCACGAGAGUGCCUAGCCCGAUCCAGCGGCUCUUUGGGGUCGGAGGAAGACGACCGACUCAGCUCUGCGUCUGAGGGGAGCUUCUCCUACCAGCUGACAGAUGUGGCAGACGUCAAUGCCUUGGCCCGACUUCAGGAAGAGAGUUUAAAGCUUCCUGACCCAAGAAGAGGUUCAAGAUUACCAGGUAUACGUGCAGGAAGUACUGGAAUCCCCUAUGCCUCGGGUGGUUCCGGGGGAUCGGCAACCAGCUCUCAGGAGGAUCUGUUAUCGGGUCCCCAUCCCACGAGCAGCCCCCGCCGACCCAUGCGAGGUCUACAGCCUCCGCGACGCUAUGCCUCUCACGCGACUCCUUCCAGGGAAGGGUCUGACCUCUCCACACCUCCAGAUAGCCCCUAUAAUUCGCAGCACAAUUUAGAAGUUUGUAAUGGUAGGAGUGGUUCUCGUCUCCCUAGUGGCCUGAACCGAGGCUAUGGUAGUGACCCCCGAUUAUUAGAGCACACCACGCCCACCAGUAGCCGUGGUGCGUCACCUGCCAGAUCCCACGAUUCUCCCUCUGCCUCGCAGUCUGAUAUCCGCCAAGGACCAAAGGGCUCAAGGCUACAGGCUCCUCAGCCUAAGUUUUCGCCAAGGCGGAAGGUGCGUAGCAGAUUAAGUGCCCCAUCGCCUGUACGUAUACCAAUGGGCGGGGCAUCCGGACUUCCACAACCCACAGAAAUCCCGCGGCCCAAAGCCACGGGUAUCCCCCGCCCUGGGUCUCGGCUUCAGCCCCCUAAAGCCAGAUCAGGAUUGGUCCAACCAAGAUUUCAAGCAGCGGCACAGGAUGACUGGAGGGACGGAUGCUUCUGAGACCCCCCUUGCCAGUCCUGAGGAGUCGCUGGGAUCUGCCACAGGAUUUGCUUAGGCUGUCAUCAACUCUAGCUCAAGAAUAUGAUUUUUUUUUUUUUUUUUCUUUCUUUUCUUUUAUUCUUUUUCUUUUUUUUAUUUGAUUGUGAAAAGAUUCUUCUAAAUUUAGAUAUUUUCUUAAGUACAGUAUAUAAAUAUGUAUGAUAAAUGUUAAAUGGACUUUGUUACUACAUUUAUAUUCAUAUGAUAAUUUUUCUCGUAUGAGGAUUACUCAUAGUUGGUCUCAAAUGCACUGUGGUGGAAGAAUUUUAUUUUUUCUUGUUUUCAAAUUGGUGCUUUGGCCAAGAGCCAUAAUAAAAGGUGUUGCAGUGGUGAGCGUCUGAUAUGGUUAUAAUUACCUCGUUGAGAGGAGUGGUACUUAUCCAUGACCUAAUUUACCUUGAUCAAAGAGACAAGGACGACUCACCACCUGUAUAUCUGGUACUUUGAUAUUCAGUUACGUUUCAAGAGUAUGUACAAGAAAGUGUGUAAUUUUGAAUGUGACUUAGUUGUCAAACCCUGUAAGGGCAAUCCUACUGGUGGCAAGCCAGUCCUAGAAAAUAUUUAGAGUUUAGAGAAGAAAUUCAAGUGGCAACAGUGUGAUACCCCAGUGGUCUAUUGGCCGCACAUUCCAACUCUCUUCCUGGUCCUUAGGUUCUGGACCCCUUAGCUGCCGACAAUAGUGAGGCCUUCCUUCGAAUCUGCAUCAUGCUGAUCUAGCCCCCCAACCCCCCAAGUUAGAUGAGAGGAGUAAUAAUGCAAAUUUUUUCACUUCCUCGUGUCGUUUUAUUACACAGGUUUAGGCUUUGUAACCCUUUGCUUCUUAUAUAAGCUUUAAGCAAUAAGUAUUUCUAAUCCCGACUUGGUUUUGGAUAGCAAGGAUCUAAUAGCGAAUCAGGGAAUCGCAAGUUGUUAGACAGUUUUUUAAUAAUGUCUUAGAUCGUUAAAAAAAAAAUAGAAGAAAGAAAAAAAAAGGUUAAAAAAAAAUAGAAGAAAAAAAAAAGUUUCUGAGACAACAGUUUUCUCAACAGUUGAAGUUGAGGCAGUAACUUGCAUCCUCACUAACACCAAGAUGACCAAUAUGCUUUAGGGAAGACAAACAACCAAUGAUAGUACCUGCUGAUAAUUUUCUUUUUUGUUUAUGAACAGUGACCAAUAGGUUUUAGGAAAGAAAGGAGGGGAUCCAGCAAUAGUUGUCUGUGAAAAGGCUGUUGUAAUGCCCCCAAACAUAAGCAACUGUUGAGAGCUUGUGUACCUGCAUUUUUUCAGAGUUGAUUUUCAAGCCACAUGUCAAGGUAUUAGUGGGUUUAGGUCGCGACUGAUUAGGCACUGUGCCGGGUGCGGGGAGGAGGGCCACUGUCAUUGGAGUAGAUGGGAUACCUUAUUGAUAUUUUUUUUUCUUUUCUUUUCUUUUCUUUUUUUCCACCAACCCUCAAAUUACCAUAUUAUGUCUUUUUUAUUUAUUUUUAAGUCGAAUGUGAUUCUCAGGUUUUUUGCGAGGUAGUUUAUGACACUGCCUUUUUUUUUCUUUCUUUUUUUAUUAGAGAGAUCAUCUGGUGUACUAGUAUAUCAAGUGGUACUACUUCAGAAAUUCAUUAUUGUGAAGUGAUGCAUACUGACCUACUCUGAACUAAGAAUUGCAGAUGGUUUGCAGUGACACAUUUUCUUAAGAGAGAUAUGUUAAGUGUGAUAGAUAGCCUUUUUGUCAUUGUUGACUCUCAUUUUAUUUGAAAUGAUUGAUAUUAUUAACAAUGUUUUUUACAUUGUACUCCACAUUUUUGCCAUUUUAUGAUAGGGAUUUUCAUUUCCUCUCUCCCAUGGUGAAAGGAUCUGAAUGCUUGAGUUUUGUGGUUGGAAACACACUGUGAACAUGCCUUUUUAAUAUGUAUUCACUGUAUAUGAACUUCCCAGUAUUCCUGAUGUUGGUUGUGAGUAGAACUUUGCAUCUAGAUAUCUAAAUAGUGAUGGGAUUGGGUUGAGUGGGUAUCCUGAUAAAAUUAAGGAACUGGGAGAUUUCAUUACAAAUUUCGUCCUUAAUCCCUCCUACGGAAACAAAUUUUUUACAACACCCGGAAAUCUUCUGAAACCCUCCUUCAGAAUGUAAAUGGAAACCCUCCUUUAAAAGACGAAUGGAAACCCUCCUUUAAGCGUUUAAUGGAAGCCUCCUUGGUACGUAAUCUCUUUGUCAGAAGAGGAGACCGAAAAAGAGUAAUAUAAUUUUUUUCCAGUCUUUUUUUUUUUUUAAUGUUACAUCAGGGUGAUAGUUGGCUCACAAAGACCAUAGAAGGUAAUGAAAACAAAGCUUACAACUUCAUCCAUUACCUCUGAAUGAUAUCCAGGGUGUUAGUGUAUACCAAUGAGAAGGAUAACGAUUUGUUAGGACUGAUCACGGUAGCCUUAUGCAGUGCUUGAUAUUUUCUUUUCUUGUUAGUUUUGUUUUUUUCUGCUUAUUUCUCAACGAAUUCUUAUGCUGGGUAGGUGUGCUUCUAUUAGUAUGAUUCUCUUGUUAAGAAUUAACAUGUGCUAAGUUUCCUUUGUGUGAAAGUGUGACCAAAAAAUGUUUACCUUGACUGGGGAAAAUUUCUUGGAAAUUCUACAGUAUUUUAAUAGUGGUAUUUGCAUUUGAAACUGAUUCAAACAAACAAGGGUUCUCCUUUCUACAAAUUUGUAUGAAUUCGGUUCAUAUGUUGCUGUAUUUGAAGACUGGUAGUAGUUUGAUUAUAAGCAUUUCUAUUUUUUAAUGGAGUUAAUUGUUUUGCUACUUCCAUCACUCCCUUUCUACAUAUAUAUAUAUAUAUUUUUAAAAAUUUAAUGAUUUACCUUGACUUCCUUACUGUCAGGAAAAAAUGUUAGGUUCAAUAUGCUUCUCUAAGAAGUUGUUAGAACAAGUGGCUAACCAGAAUGAGUCUGCACUUACUACCAAUGAUUUGUAUGUAUGAGAAAGUUUACGUUGUUUGAUUUAUCGUCACUUCACUCGCCUAAGGUGAAUGCAGUGGACACACAAGUACAUCUGCUUGUUUUGUCAGUUUUAUGGCUUUAACCUUAAAGAGAGUUUCUUUUUCGGAUAAAGAUAUUUUUAAAUUUAGAUGUUUCCUUCAUUUUUUUCUUGACACGACUUAGAAUAUCUUUAGGUAUGUAUAAUGGAUCCAAGUGCCAAGAGUUUCAGACUUAAAUGCUGUUGUGUAUUAGACAUGCAGCAGAUAACAAGAAAAAUCUUGACUGAUAUAGCAGGUUAUGAGUUUUAUCCUAGACUGAAAGAAAAAAAAAUGUGAUAUUUACAUAGACUUUGAAUGUACAGUUUUAUGGGAAUAGUAUUUCUUUGGUUUCAUAUAUUGUAUUCUAUUGGCUCCAAAUUAAAUAUUAGUCAAGUACAAUAGAUGUUUGUGCCUUAGAGAAAAAUCGUCAUUAAUAAAUGACUCAAACACAGUCAAAAGAACUUGGAUGCAAUCACACAAAAUGGCAUGUCAAAACUUACUGAAUGGUAGCCCUUCUGGUGUAAGUGUCACUGGUUGGAAAAGCAGUAUGCAUCUUCUCUUUGCAUUAUGAUCAUAUUUUGUAAAGGUUAUUGUUGGUAUUGUGAUUAUUGUGAUUAUAAUUUUUCCUUUCUCCUUUUUUGUUCUGAUUUUAAAGUUUGAAAAAUGAAAUCUUUAUAUAAAAGUAAUCUGUGUUUAGUAUCUUGUGAACAUCAUUUGAUUUUGUCAGUACUGGGGUAUUUUUAAUACAGUAAAUUAUAAAGUGUGUGACUGAUAUGUAUACUUAUUUUUUUCUUUUUAAUUCUUCUGUCAAACUUUAUGUGAAUAUAUGAUAAAUUGACUCUUUACCUGUAAACCUGAAAUGCAGUAAAUUUGUGGUGUACAGUUGCAUUGUGUGAAUGAUAAAACAGACAGACGAAGUGAUGAUGAAGGGUGCCAAUAUUGUGACCCAUGCUGACAUCUAUGGUAGCUAUAAUUCUCACUUUUAAGGAAAAUAUCUAUUGAUUGUUUAUCACAUGACAAAAAAAAGAAAAGAAAGAAAAAAAAAAAAGGUUCUCCAGAUAUGUUGGAAUAAAAACCAGUUACAUAGUAAUCUACGAGAACAAAAUCCUUUAUGAUUAAGUUUUAUGAAUAUUGUUAUUUUUAUUAUUUAUUUUGUUUUUAUUAUUUAUUUUCAUUUUCUCCUUUCGUGCACUGGAGAAAAGGUGAAGGAAGGGAGGUAAGGGUUUUUUCUUUCAGUUUUGUUAUUAUUAUUUUUUUUAUAUAUGUAUUUUUUUUUUUUUUUGUAUAAUGAUUAAUACAAUUGAGUUGUUUUUGUGAAACCAGAAUUUCCGGUGUAGGUUGAGAGGCUUGUAUCAAAUGAGCAAAAAGUUAUUAAAACUUCCUGAUGAUAAUAUCACUUAAUUUGUAAUGUUAAGCCUAUUAAUUUUUUCAUGUAAAUAUCUUCAAAAGGACUUUGUACCAAGAUUGAGAUAAUAUCCCCAUUAUUUUUUCUUCUUUUAAAGAGAAAAUAAACAAUGAUUAGCAGCGGGACAAGAACAUGAUUUCCUAACAUCUAGAAAUGUUUAGUUUAACACAUUCCCUUACCUUCUUGUCAUCACUUUACCUAAAGGGUAACAAGUGUCUUAGCACGAGUCCUGUGACUCACGUCUGUUGAUAUACUGUGCUUAAAUCCUAUUUAGUGAAUGAAAAUUGGGUGAGGAUAUAAUUUAUGGUGGGUUCCUAUUUAUUUACUUCAGAAUUAGUGUAUGGGUCACUAAUUGAUAUUGUUGCUUAUUUGCAUUCUAAUUUUAUAGUGUGUAUAAUCAUUUGAAUAAUGGAUGCUUUGCAUAUAGUUCCGUGUCUCCAGAGUCUGAAGACAUUAUUUUUAAUAAAACCAAUAGUGUA